UUCCUAUUUAUAUGGUCCCCCCCCCCCCAUUUUCACUCUCAGUUGUCUUUUUGCCAUUUACUCACUCAAACACUUAAGAGAAUUUGAAGUUAUUACUCUGAGUUUUCUGCAAAAAUGGGUUCUUGCGUAUCAGGAAAGAGGACUGCUGAUAAGUGGGAAUGUCGCACCCCCAAGAGAACAAGAAUUUCCAGAUGGGACGAAGGAGACCUUGCUUUAAGGGAGGCACACCCCCUUUGCCAUCAUCAAGACAUCCUCAUCACCCAGAUCUUCACCAAGCUGGACUGGGAGGGGCAGGCUGCUGUGCAGAUGGUAUGCAAGCAGUGGCGUAGGUGGGCCAAGUUGCGGUACCGCCUCCCAUACCACUACCCUCAAGGAUGCUACCGCGCGUGGCUGCGGGAGUGGGUGAUCAUGGACAUCAUUGACAAUGAUGGCCGUGACUUCCACGCCUGGAUGGACAAGGACAUGACCGUCUACUUUGACGGCUUCCCCCUCCUUUUCAAGGAGGAGGAGUAGCUGGUGGUGGAGGCCAUGCAGGGGUGGGUGGUGGUGGCGCUGGUGGUGGCCCCUCUUUUGUCAAGCUUAUGAUGAUCCAGCUUGUUUAUAGCUUUUUUUAUUUUUAAUUUUCAAGGACAAUUACAUUACUACUGUCAUUGCAAUUAGGUUUUUGUGAAUGUGACAAAUGUUGGUUUUUGGUAUUUGUCACUGCUAUGACAGUAGUUUAUAUCUAACCGUAGGCUUCUCCCUCAAUAGUGGAUUGAGGUUUGAAAUGUUAGGGUUGAAGCCUACCCUUUUGUAAAUGCAACUGACAUG